CCAGUGUGCAAUCCUCAAGGGAGCAUCUUUUACUGCCGGAGCAGGUCCGCAGUCGGCACAGUAACUUCUGUACGUACGUCAAGUUGUCAACCAGACCACAGUAAAUAGAGUACCUUCUGCAGUUAACUAUGGCAUCCAUCCAAUGUGCAAGGGAGCAUCUUUUACUGCCAGGGCAGUCCGUACGACAUACGUCAACCAGACCACAGUGAAUAGAGUACCUGCAGUUAACUGUGGCAUCCAUCCAAUGUGCAAAGGGAGCAUCUUUUACUGCCGGAGCAAGUCCGUACGUCAACCAGACCACAAUAAAUAGAGUGCCUUUUGCAGUUAACUGUGGCAUCCAUCCAAUGUGCAAGGGAGCAUUUUUUACUGCCGGAGCAAGUCCAUAUGACGUACGUCAACCAGACCACAGUGAAUAGAGUAUAUGCAGUUAACUGUGGCAUCCAUCCAAUGUGCAAAGGGAGCAUCUUUUACUUCCGGAGCAAGUCCGUACGUCAACCAGACCACAGUACAUAGAGUACCUUCUGCAGUAAAACUGUGGCAUCCAUCCAAUGUGCAAGGGAGCAUUUUUAACUUCCGGAGCAAGUCCGUACGACGUACGUCAACCAGACCACAGUGAAUAGAGUACCUGCAGUUAACUAUGGCAUGCAUCCAAUGUGCAAAGGGAGCAUCUUUUACUGCCGGAGCAAGUCCGUACGUCAACCAGACCACAGUAAAUAGAGUACCUUCUGCAGUUAACUAUGGCAUCCGUCCAAUGUGCAAGGGAGCGUCUUUUACUGCCGGAGCAAGUCCGCAGUCGGCACAGUAACUAGUCUAUGUACUUCAACCAGACCAGAGUAAAUAGAGUACCUGUUGUUAACUAAGGCAUUAAAUCCAUCCACUGUGCAUUCCUCAAGGGAGCAUCUUUUAUCGUCGGAGCAAGUCCGUACGGCAACCAGACCACAGUAAAUAGAGUACCUGGAGUUAAGUAUGGCAUACAUCCAAUGUGCAAGGGAGCAUCUUUUACUGCUGGAGCGAGUCUGUACGUCAACCAGACCACCGUACAUAGAGUACCUGCAGUUAAGUGUGGCAUCCAUCCAAUGUGCAAAGGGAGCAUCUUUUACUCCCAGAGCAAGUCCGGAUUCGCCACAGUAACGAGUCCAGAGUCGCCACAGUAACUAGCCUAUGUACUUCAACCAGACCAGGGUCAAUAGAGUACCCGCAGUUAACUAACUUAAAGGCAUUAAAUCCAUCCAAUGUGCAAUGCUCAAGGGAGCAUCUUUCACUGCCGGAGCAGUUCCGCAGUCGUCACAGUAACCACUGACACAGUCUGACAGUGUAAUACUAUGUACUUUAACCAGACCAGACCCACCAGAGUAAAUAGAGUACCUGCAGUUAAGUUGAGUUAACUAUGGCAUCCAGACUGAUGGCUGGAUUCACUACCCAUUUUUAAUUAAUCUUAUCCGCAGUAACAACAGCAGUGACUGAAACUACAGUAAGUAAUGUGUAACUGAAGGCACCCUACCAUCUUCAGCCGAAUAGAAUGCCCGGUCAUUAUAGCUGUAUCACUUCCAACUUUCAGUCUACAUACCACAGAAUGACCGUGUGUUCUAGUCGGGUGAAGAACGUACGGUAACCGUCUUCAUCUGAAACGAUGCCGGGUCAUUUAAGCUGUAUCCAGGGCAACAUUCAGUCUAGAUACAGCGGCAAUAACCGUACGUUAUAUUCAGGUUUCAAGGUGGCGCUUGAGAAGUGUCAGUUUUUCCUCACCACCAUUUCUUUCCUGGGGCACGUGGUGACGGACAAGGGACUCCAACUGAAGUCGCAGAAGGUGGCAACUGUCAGGGACACGCCAGUGCCUACCACUAUCACGCAAGUUCGAGCCUUUCUGGGCCUAGCCUCGUAUUACCGAAGAUUUAUCAAGGGCUUCGCGGCGAUUGCGGGACCCCUCAUGAAUCUCCUGCGCAAGGAUCAAUCGUUGAUUUGGACGCCGGAGUGCGAUCAAGCGUUUUCCAAACUCAAGGCUGCUCUCAUUUCGGCUCCGGUCCUUAUAAGACCGGAUCCCAAAAAACCUUUUGUUCUCAUCACCGACUGGCAGCCAGAGGCGAUCUCGGCGAUCCUUGCCCAGGUGGGACCGAGCGGACUCGAGAGUGUAGUGGAGUAUGCGUCUAAAUCAGUGCCCGCCUACAAGCGCAAUUACGCCGCUCCAACGGGUGAAUGCUAUGCGGCUCUCUGGGGAAUCAGUCACUUUCGUGCUUACCUGUACUGGCAAAAAUUCACCCUGGUGACUGAUCAUGAGCCCCUGUUGGCUCUGAAGAAGUCAAAGGAUUACUCGGGCAUGAUCGGGCGAUGGGCAACGAUGCUGCAGAGCAUGGACUUUGACAUUCGUCAUCGAAAGCACGAGAGACAUGGAAAUGCGGACGGACUUACACGACUGCACCGUCCUGAGAAAGUUCCGAGGAAUGAGGAGGUGAUUUCGUGGAACGGACCCGAGCAGAAGAUUGGACCUCGGUACGACCAAGAGUAUCUGAAGUCGUACGAGAUCAUCCCUUACGCCCUCUAUCCGAGGGCAGAGGAAGUGGUGAUCAACGACGACGGCGAAGAAGAAGACAACGACGAGGAAACAUCGGAGGAGGGAAGCUAUAGUGAACAUAGCGAGGGCGAGCUGAGUGAGGAGGAAAAGGAAGAAGAAGGAACCGGAUCCGAGUGGGAAGCCCCGCCAGAGGAAGCGACGCGUACGGGAACGGAGGCGGAAGAUCCGGAAGCAGCGCGAAGGCGCGAAGAGAUUGCCUCCGGAAAGCGCCAGCUGGAGUUCGCUAGCGAGGUUAGCCUGCGCAUCGGUAGCGGUCCGACCAGGGAUCCAGAGCCGCCGAGGCCCGAAGAUGGCGACCCUGCAGCUGCCACCUCAAGUACUGCGCGACGGAGACGGCGUCGAUCCCCCUCCUCCUCCAGCCCCACCUGUCCCCCAGUUCGCCCACGUACCAAUGCGGGCGAUAGGCCUUCGACCUCAGACGCUGCCCCGCUGACCCCUUGAUUUUCUCACCCUCGAACAGAUCCGUACCCCCGUCACCUU